UUUUCUCGUCAUUAAGAUCAAGAAAUUAAAGCACGUCUAGUGAUUUAUUUCUUUAUAGAGUUCCAGGGUAGGUAAAACUUUCGAGAUUGGGAUGUAAAUAUGUAAUCAUUUUCAUUUUGAUGUAUAUAUAUAAACACACAUGACACAUUCUUUGUGUGUGUGGAUGUACACAAUACAGCUCAUUAUAAUUGUCUUUAAAACUGACAACAGAGACAAGACAUUUUUGUACAACUGUUCUUCAAGUUGGGUAAAUAUGUAUUCUCUACAACAGUUAAAAGUGAGUAACUUUUAUAUCUUUAUUAUUAUACAGUGUACGGUAAACAAAGAAUCAAGUCCAACAAGUUUGUUUUUGCAGGGUUUUUGAAUAUUUUAACUGAUUUAGUUUUCCGAGCUCUGCAUGCAGUUGGGAGCAACAUUAGAAUAAGCCAGAUGUCGGAGCCCAGGCAUUGACCCUGCCUGGCUCUAUAAACCCCCCACAGUUUUACUUGCUUCAAUUCAUUUUUGCUUUAAUGAGAAGAAUCAGUGUUCACUGUACUUGUAAGCAAGAAAAUCUUCACUCGAGAAUGGCGUCCACGAGGUUCAGGGUGGCGGGGCUAAUACUAGUGUUCGUCAUUAGUUUGCUAGCUCUUGAGCGCCUUUGUUCUGCUAAUGCUCAUGCCCCCGGGGGGAAGGAAAACCGGGGAGAACAGGAAUUGGUUAACUGUGAUGGAUUUGGCUAUGGGAGAAAAGGGCUAGGAGGAAGAAAUGGCUGCAAUGGUUUCCAGCAGAAACUCGGGCCAGGCAAAUCGGUUUCCAGUAGAGCUGAAUCGCGAGCAUUUCUUCAGGCAACGUAUGAGGUUUAUCAGCUCAUGCGCAGGGACUAUGGUGGCCAUGGCAGGCCUCGUCGAAAACCACCAAUUAACAACCACGAGCCGUCAGAUUAA